CACACACACACACUUAACAACAGGGUUCAGACCCUGGAGUCUAAUCAAAAGGAUACAAAAGAGCUUUCCCUUUAACAAGACCACACUCCCAACCCUUUUAAUGCACCGACCUCUGAUCGUCCCUGGACAAGAGCGGGUUGAAAGAACACUCCCUUGAAAGAAAACAAGAAAGAAAGAAAGAAAGAAAGAAAGAAAGAAAGAAAGAAAGAAAGAACGUCAACUCCUUGCAUGAUGCUCCCUUGCUUGUAUCAUUUAGUUCAGUGGCUGCUACUCAUUCCAGUAAAUGGACUAUGAGGUAAGAUUUUAAUGGCAUGGGCUACAAGAAAGCUUAUUUGCAUAAUCAUUGUGUAUCUAAUGUUUACACACACAGAGCGCUGGCGCAGUUGACAGCUCCGUACAGGACAGUGUGAUCUCGUUUCACAGCUGCAGUACUGAGCUCUCACCACUGACUUUACUGAGACAGGUGGGGAGGACAGGCUCCCAGUCUAGAGCUCAGAGCAGCUCCCACUCCCUCUCUCCCUCUCUCCCUCUCGCUCUCUCACAGUCUCAACACUUGUACAUGUGCUGGACCUGCACACUGCUGCUGCUCCCACUCUCUGUAAUCUGCAGAGCUCUCCUCACCUCCGCUGCACAUCUUACUCAGGGAAGUCAUCCUCCAGCACAUGAAGACAGAAAGCAUGUUCAAAGAAAUGGGAUUGUACUGAAAUACAAGACUUUUUUGUUGGUGGUGGAAGAGGAGGAGGAGGACGAGGCAUGACAUGGCAUUGAAUUAAACUGCAUCCUUCCUGCUGGAUAUCAGAACCCUUGUCUUUCAUUGCUUGCUGUAACACCGUUCGAAGCACCAUGGAUAACACCUAUUCCCUGACUGCUCACUACGACGAGUUCCAGGAGGUGAAGUACGUGAGCAAGUACACCAGCGGCAGCACCCUGAGCAAUGGGCUGAACCUGCACCUGGCUGGCAGGAAGCAGCCCGGGAGCGCCCUGCCACGCUGGAGCAAGCGGGAGAUCUGCCUCAUGUCCGCCCUGGUCUUCGCUGCGGGGCUGUGCGUCAUCCUGGGCAGCAUGCUGGUGCUCAAGUACCUGUCCCUGGAGCCGGAGAGCCACUGCCUGGAGGACUGCCAGAAGAAGAAGGCCUUCCUCAGGGCCUCUCGCUUCAUCUCGGGAAACAUCGACCCCACCAUCGACCCCUGCACAGACUUCUACUCCUUCGCCUGCGGGGGCUGGCUGCGGCGCCACGGCAUCCCUGAGGACAAGCUGAGCUACGGGAUCAUCAGCGCCAUCGGGGAGCAGAACGAGGAGAAGCUGCAGAGCCUCCUGCUGCGGCCGGUGCGCCGCAAGGACAGGGGCUCGGCCGAGAGGAAGGUCAAGGAGUUCUACCGCUCCUGCGUGGACAUGCGGGAGAUCGACCGGCUUGGGGCCCUGCCCAUGAUGGAUGUGAUCGAGAGCUGUGGGGGCUGGGACCUGGUGGGGGACUUCAACGAGCUGCUCUACAGGACCCAGGGGGUCUACAGCACGGCCGUGUUCUUCUCUCUGACCGUCAGUGUGGACGAUAAAAACUCCUCCAGGAACGCCAUCAGGAUUGACCAGGAAGGGCUCACCUUACCAGAAAGGACCCUCUACCUGGGGCAGGAUGAAGACAGUAUCAAGAUUUUAGCUGCCUACAAGACUCUGAUGGAGAGACUGGUGAGUCUGUUGGGAGCUGAAAACGCCAUGCAGAAAUGUGAGGAGAUCCUGCUGCUGGAGAUGCGACUGGCCAAUAUAACUAUUUCAGAGUUUGAUGAACAAAGAAGAGAUAUCAGCACCAUGUAUAACAGAAUUACCCUCAGGCAAUUACAGAGGAUAGCACCAAGCCUACACUGGAAACGUUUGCUGGACAGGAUAUUCCACGACAACUUGUCAGAAGACGAGGAGAUCGUCGUGCUUGCCACGGAUUACAUGCAGAAAGUGUCUGACAUCAUCAAGACCACCCCGAAAAGGGUCCUGCACAACUACAUGCUGUGGCGCAUCGUGGCGGCGCUGAGCGAGCAUCUGUCCACACCGUUCCGCAACACCAUCCAUGAGUUCUCCCACGAGAUCGAGGGCACGGAGCAGCAGCUGGAGCUGGGUCGCAUGUGCCUGAACCAGGCCAACAAGCACUUCGGCAUGGCGCUGGGGGCCCUCUUCGUGGAGGAGUACUUCUCCUCUGCCAGCAAGGCCAAGGUGCAGCAGCUGGUGGAACACAUCAAACACUCGCUGGACCGGCGGCUGCAGGAGCUCGACUGGAUGGACGAGGUGACCAAAGAGGCGGCCAGGGCCAAGCUGCGCCUUAUGAUGGUGAUGAUUGGUUACCCGGACUACCUGCUGAAGCCAGAAGCCAUCGAUGCAGAAUACGGGUUUGAAGUGAGUGAGAAAACGUACUUCAAGAAUGUGCUGAACAGCAUCAAGUUCAACAUCAAGCUCUCUGUGAAGAAGAUACACCAGGAGGUGGACAAAACAGCAUGGCUCCUGCCCCCCCAGGCCCUCAAUGCAUACUACCUGCCCAAUAAGAAUCAAAUGGUUUUCCCAGCUGGAAUACUGCAGCCCACCCUUUACGACCCAGAAUUUCCUCAGUCUUUAAACUACGGUGGGAUUGGUGCUAUCAUUGGGCAUGAGCUGACGCAUGGCUAUGAUGACUGGGGCGGACAGUACGAUCGCUAUGGCAACCUGAAGCAGUGGUGGACAGAUGAGUCCUACUAUAAAUUCCAGAAGAAGGCUGAAUGCAUCGUGCGGCUGUACGACAACUUCACCGUCUAUAACCAAAGGGUCAAUGGCAAACUCACUCUCGGGGAGAACAUUGCAGAUAUGGGAGGCCUCAAACUAUCCUAUUAUGCCUAUCAGAAGUGGAUCCGAGAGCACGGCCCAGAGCAGCCCCUCCCAGGCCUCAAAUACACUCACGAGCAGCUGCUGUUCAUCGCGUUUGCCCAGAACUGGUGCAUGAAGAGGCGAUCGCAGUCCACCUACCUGCAGCUCCUGACAGACAAGCAUGCCCCUGAGCAUUACAGGGUGAUCGGCAGCGUGUCCCAGUUUGACGAGUUUGGCAGAGUGUUCCAUUGUCCCAGGGCGUCUCCGAUGCACCCCAUCCACAAGUGUUCAGUGUGGUGACCGACCCCGGAGUCAGAACCCCGCACCUACUCUGUGCCCCAUUUAUUUAUUUAUUUAUUUUCUAUUUGCUCAUUUUUGUUUCCUGCUUCCCUUUUGGAUGUUAUUUUUAUAUAUUGUAUACUGUAUGUUUAUUACCAUCCCAUGUAUUCUUUGUAAUGACACGUAUUAUAAUAACUGGUUUGUUGUAUGUCUUAACAAAGCAAUUUCUGCACACUGCUUUGUAGCCGUUGAGUUUUUGCUGAUGGAUAUAAAACACCAGGAAUUUAAAGGAGAACACAGCAGCACAUAUCAAGUUAGAGGAAAGGCAGGAUAAAGUUACAUUCAAAUCACAAACUUCUGGAGUGAGUUUGGAGGGGAGGGCUGAAUAUUUGCUUCUAAUGCAAGAGGUGUUUGAGCAGAGUUUGUACAGGGAACAUAUAUUCAGCGUCACCAGAAAGACUUUUCCUUUUAGUACUUCCAUUAACAUGUAUUUUUACAACGCUGGCUUGCUAAAAAAAAUGGAAUCAAACCCUCCUGUCUGCAUCACAGAAAGGAGAGGCUGCUGAGCAGGGAUUCGAUGGGACUUUGAGAGUGCAUUGCUGCAAUGAAAUCAACACAUGUUUAACAGGGAAUACUGGCAUGCUGUGUUUGAAUACUGAAUGUAAUUUGUAAAAUGAACUGAGAUGUUUUUGUAUUUUAUGAUCGGUGGUCAGUGUUGUGUCCUGAAGCACCCCUAUGGAAUGAUGUAACUACACACUGUCAUUAAUGACUGUGCUUUUUGACUUAACAUUGUGUGCACAUUUUAUUUAUCGCUUUUCAACCUGAAAUCUCUAUAAAGUAAAAAUAUAAAUAAAAAUCCAGAUGUAUUCAUUCA